CUGUUUCUUCUGGGAGUAGUUCGAAAACAAAGUACGUAUCAGAGUUUAACAAUAAAAUGGAUUUUAUUUUUCUCAGUGUAUAGUGUACACUGUAUUGUCUGCUUCUGCAAUUAUUUUAUUGUUGAUACGCUUCGUCUCCUGUGGAGUAAGUGAACCAAUCAAACUGAAGUUCGAAGUAAGUGUCACUAAGUGGCCGAUUUUGACUAUGGCGACUAGCGGGAGUAGCAGCUCGAUGAGUGUAAAUGAUGGCACACCAUUGCAUUCUAAAAGAGUUAAAGAACGACGACACUAUACAGAUGACUGUUUGCAAGAUGAAGAAAUUGAAGGAAGGCGUUUGUUUUCAGUGGAAGAAAAAUUAGCCAGUAAUCGUUUUGGACCCUUUUUUGUAAAAGAUAUGAAAGGAGAAGAUUUUAGUCUGAAGUAUCUUCAGGAGCGUGGCUUGGACUUUCCUCUACUGUUUAAGGAAAAAUCUGGACUGGGAAUGCGAAUGCCUAGUGAUAACUUCACAGUCAAUGAUGUUCGUCAGUGUGUCGGGAGUAGAAGAAUGUUAGAUGUGAUGGAUGUGACCACACAGAAGGAUGUAGAAAUGUCAAUGAAAGAAUGGUGCAAGUAUUUUGAAAACCCAAAUCGAGAUAAACUCUUAAAUGUCAUUAGCCUUGAGUUCAGCCAUACCAGGCUGGAGCAUUAUGUAGAGUCACCUACUGUGGUUCGACAGGUGGACUGGGUAGACUGGGUAUGGCCUCAACAUCUGAAAGAAAGCCAAACAGAAGCAACUAAUGCUAUAGAAGAAAUGAAAUAUCCCAAAGUACAAAAAUACUGCCUAAUGAGUGUCAAAGGGUGCUAUACUGACUUCCAUAUUGAUUUUGGUGGAACAUCAGUGUGGUACCAUAUCAUUAGGGGAAAAAAGGUAUUUUGGCUGAUUCCUCCAACAGAACGAAACCUUACUCUCUAUGAACAGUGGGUUUUGUCAGGUAAACAGGGAGAUGUGUUCUUUGGAGACACUGUUGAAAAAUGUGCAAGGGUUGAACUCAAAACUGGAUAUACGUUCUUUAUUCCAACAGGUUGGAUACAUGCUGUAUACACUCCUGAAGAUACUCUUGUGUUUGGGGGGAACUUCUUGCAUAGUUUUGCCAUCGAAAGACAAUUACGAAUUGCAGAAAUAGAAGAUGCAACACAUGUGCCUGUGAAAUUCCGUUAUCCUUUUUAUACAGAAAUGCUGUGGUACGUGCUCCAACGUUAUGUCCACUCUGUUAUGAGAAAAAACCACUUACUGUGUGAUGUUGAUGGUGAACCUAUGAAUUCCAGUGGAUCUCAGUCAAAAAAAAAAGAGAAAAUUGUAGUGAAGACAGAACCCAUUUGUGGUCCCCACAUGACUUCAAAUGGCAAUGAAGAUACCAGUGACACCAACCAUUUGAGCCAGUAUAUCAAAUUAGCUCCUCCUCAUGCUUCCCAAGUGACUAGUCCCAAAAUAGAUUGUGAAAAAUAUCCUAGUGUUAAUGGUAGGAAACUGAAUGAAAUAAGUGAUACAAAGCCACUCUUGAAGCAAGAAAACUUGACAGUUUCUCCUUAUGACAGCAAGCCUCUGACAGAGACAGUCAAUGGAGAAAAUUUGGACAAGCCUAAAGAAAGUAAAAAUAUUCACUUGACUCAGUUUGAGCUCUCUGGUCUGAAGACUAUUGUUCAGUGGCUUCAGAGACUUCCAGCCAAUAAGAAGUGUGUGCCAGACUUAAUUGCCAAUCCUGAAGCUCUUCUGUUGGACAUAAAGGUUCUGCUAAGAGACCACAAAAACGAUAAUCCUCAUAUGUCUUGUACAGGUAAACCUAUCCUGUGGUGGCCAGAAUCUAAGAAACCAAAACCAAAACCACGAACUAGCAUACCAUCAGGGACAAAAGGAAAGUCUGGAGGGAAGAAUAGUGGUAACAAUAACAAUGCUAGACGACGACGAACACGGUGCAAGAAGUGUGAGGCCUGUUUAAGGUCAGAUUGUGGAGAAUGUCACUUCUGUAAGGAUAUGAAAAAAUUUGGUGGACCAGGCAGAAUGAAGCAGUCAUGCAUCAGCCGACAGUGCAUGGCGCCUGUACUACCUCAUACAGCAUGCUGCAUGAUUUGUGGCCGAGAUGGCUGGGAAAAAGUGAGUAACCCACAAGAUAAUGAGUUAGCAAGUCUCAUGGAGUGCUCACAGUGUUGGGAAAUUGUACAUCCAACAUGUCUACGGGAACGUUUUCCUGAACUCCCUCCAGAGGGCUCUUUCAAUGAUGAUCUCCCUAACAGUUGGGAAUGUCCAAAAUGUUGUAGGGAUGGAAAACCUGAACAAGUAAAGCCAAGACAUGUUAAAGGUGGUCGUCAGAAACAUCCUGAAACUCCAAGGCCUACCCAGUCUACAACCUCAGAGGUGGUUUCUAAUAAUCAUACAGAACAUGGAAACCUUAAAACAACUACCAGUAUUUCCCAAGAAAUAGAGGGCAGCACUGAGAAAGACACUCUUGGGACUAAUGAUUUUAGCCCUGUCAAAAAAAAGAUAAAACUAGAGAGUACAAAUCAACAGGAUAAACAAGAUAGAGAAAGCUCUUCCAGUUCUGAUGGAGAAAGUGAGAAGAAACUAACUUCAAGAAAACUGUCAUUCACUUCUGAAGAUAAAGUUGGGGAAGAAAUUUCUGGUCCUUCACUUCCCAAGCGCAAAAGCAUGUUCUCAGAUCAGUACAAACACAGAUGUGCAGAAUUGAAGAAGCAAGCCACUCAAGCCCAUGUCAGAUCCUGUGCUAAAUAUCCUCUUAGUAUCAAAAGUAGCCAGAAGUUAUCCAGUAGUAAAUCUGCUUUGAAAGCAUCUUGCCAAUCCAUGAAGCAACCCAACCCAGAUAUUCAUCCUCGAUCUCCACGCUCAGUGUCAGGAGUAGCAACUAAAAAACAUGGUGAAACUGCUAGGGAGCGUCUUGUGAGGAGUUUGAAAGGGUUAAAGAAGAAUUCUGAGUUUCGUCGGCAUACAAUUAUGAAAAUGAAACCCCGGCCCCUAGACAAUAUUAAUGUUAGUAGUAGCAGUAAGCAAGAUUCUCCACAGAGUCCUAGAGAGUUUGAUAAGUGUGAAGUGAAGGUUGAAAAAGUGGACAGUGAUUCUGCUCCUAAGCGGCCCAAAGCUUUAACCAGUCUCCAGGAUGAUGGCCAAGCAGAACAAAGAGGAACCAAAAGAUUGGUUGAAGACAGUGACCAAUCCAAGAUUGAGCAGACUCAAGGAGAAAGAACCUUACCACCUCAUGCACCAAGAAUUACAAUGACCUUAAGAAACAAACCAAAUCUGCGAAAACCUAAAUAUGUAGUGAGGCCAGCACCUCUUUUAGAGAACUUGAUUGAAACCAGAAAAAUUUUAAAAAAUGGUUCCAAUAACUUGGCAUUGAAGAAAGAUGUGAUGUUACCAGUGUUUCAUUACUUGUCUGCAGGAGAUUUAUUUACUUGUCAGUUGGUGUGUAAAACUUGGAACCGAUGGACAGUGGAUCCUAGUCUCUGGACUUACAUGGAUUUUAGCCGCAAGAAAAUAACUGCAAACAUUCUAAUGGGAAUUGUUCGAAGACAGCCUGUCUCUCUAAAUCUGAGCUGGACCAACAUAUCUCGACGCCAGCUGUCAUGGCUGAUAGCUAGGUUACCACAACUAAAGAUUUUGGUUCUUAGUGGCUGUUCUGCAGCAGCUGUGUCAUCUCUAUGUACAUGUUACUGUCCUUUGCUUUCUUCUCUCGACAUCAGUUGGGUGGAAGGACUGACUGAUUCCUUUAUUCGAGAGCUACUUUCUAGCCCUUCUGAUUCUCGUCCAGGCUUUGUUGAAGCAAAAACCCGUCUUCGACAGCUGCAAGAAAUACGGGUAUCUGGAGCAGAUAUAUCUGAUGUUUCUGUGAGGCUUUUGGCACAUCAUCUCUCUCUCUUGUCCCGUCUAGACCUGAGUCAUUGCCACAAGGUGACAGACAUGGGAAUAGCUGUUCUGGGUGCUGCCAAAUCAAACAGGUUAACAGCACUAGAUGUCUCCUCCUGUGCAAACAUUUCUAAUACCAGCUUGGAAGCUCUAAGACGUUGUACUAAUCUCUCAUACCUGGAUAUGCGAGAGUGUCCUCAAGUUACUGAGGCUGCUUGUCAGAAAUUUGUAGCCCAAAGUCGGCAGAAGCUCACAACAAGGGGAGAAAAACUGAUUAAAAAGCAUUGGUGAUCCAGUGCUGUCUGUCAUUGUCAUUUCUUUUGAAUUUCAGAUAGUUAAAUAUUUUACUUUCUUUUCAUUAUAGUUUCAGACAUUUUUCAUGUAUACAGAUUUAUUUUUUCAUGUUUAUGCUUUUGAGAUGUUUCUGUGUGCUCAUGUAUAUAGACACACACACAUACACAUGUAUAUCUUUCUUGGUCUCUCUAUCUCAUAAUUGUUUAAACCAUAAAAAAGCCUGAAUAUGUACAGAAGUUAAGUUAUGUUAGUUUUUAGGCCUUUUUCUCAGGUUAGCAUAUUUGUUAUUUUUCACUGUCUACAAAUCACUAUAUCUACACAUUUUUUUGAUUCCUCACGUGACCUUUUAAUGCCUCAAGGUUUAAAUUGUGAUUUGGGGAUUUUUCAUCCAGAAUUAUUUUAUACUUACUCUUAUAGAUGAUGUUCACAAUAAAACUCCAAAAACUUGCAUAGCUGAGUGAAUCCACUUGAAAGAAAUUAUCAUUGCCUUGAUAACUUAAAAUUUUGUACAAUAUUUGUUAUUUCAGUGUUCUCCAUAAUUCACAGACUAAUGCUUAAUUGAUUUUUUUAGAAACAUGUAAUGCUUAAAAACAACUGUAUUUAGUAUCUUAUUUUUUGUUGUUAAUCAAAAAGGAGAACACUAUCAUUUUUAGAGAGCAAGUAUUACAUUGAUUUUUAUUUCAGUAUUAUUUCUAAGUAUAACCAGAUGUUCUGAUGAGAUAGGUAAUAAUGUACAAGAAUAUUUUGUUGUUUUAAAAUACAAAAAAUGCUCAUCAUACUAGAUUUUUUUGGGUGUGUUAGAUUUUGAAACAUUACAGGACAAGUAACUGUCGUACAUAUUUUCACUCACCAGGCAAAUGUAAAGCGAACGCUGAAGGUUAGAUUACAGAUUCAUAACUUUGUAAAAAAUUUAUUGUAUCGUAUAAUCAUUGUUCUGAUAUGUUACUCUAACAACCAGAUUACUUACUGGUGGAGUCACUGGCAUUUCUUGCAUUCAUAAUGUACAGUAAAACCAUAAGGCUUUGGUUUUAAUAAAUUAUCCACAAGGACUUUUUAAAACAGA